UGUUAUUUGAGUUGAACGGUUUGGUGUUCGGUUGUUCUGCGACGAACUUUUUCAACGUUACGAUUUGCUUGAUUCCCCUUGCCGUGCAUUGUGCGUGUUGACGAAAGUGAUUCGCCCGUUAGUAACUGUUGACUGUUAUUUAAAAGCUGUUCUACUCAUUGUGCCAAAAACAUCUGCAACAAGAAGUAGUUAUCUUUCUCUUCUGCUAAAAAUUAUUUAGUGGCCACCCGCGCAGCUGACGCUGAAGCACGACAAAGAAACAGACACAGAACCAAUUAGCAAUUAAAGUAGAGGACCAGCAAAAAUGGGUAAAGCUCAGAGCAAGCGAUCAAUUGAUAUUACCACCGAUCCGAAGAAGGUUGGCGAGGGUGACGAAGUCGCAGGCAAAGUUGAGAAAAUUGAAGAUGUCGAUCAAACGUCGUCGGCGCCCGCAUUAAAUGGCGAUGCGGCGACGCCAAAGGAAGAAGGCGAGGAUGCGGCUGCAGCGGGCGACAAAAAGCAGGCCGAGGAGAACUCUGAGAACGACAAAGAUCUAACCACCGAGAAAAAAGCAGCAGAUGCUGCACCGAAAGCUGAUGGCGAUGCGACUGCUGAUGCUGCCAAGGAUGAGACAGCAGCGGCAUCUGGCUCGCCCAAAGAGGAGGAAAUCUCACCACUGGCUGAUGAAAGCAUCAAGUCCAAGUCCAAGAAGGAUAAGGUGAAAAAGAAAUGGUCAUUCCGUAGCAUAUCGUUUGGCAAAAAGGACAAACAGAAGCCAGCCAAGACAGAGGAGCCUGCAUCCCCAACAGCUGCUGCAGCAACGGCAGAGACAGUUGCAACGAAUGGCGAGGCGGAGCGACCAGCAGAUGCAGCAGAAGGCGCAACUGCAGCUGCCGCUGACAAAGAAGAGCAGACAAGCGCGGACGCAACAGCUUCAGCUGCAGCUGCGCCGGCAUCACCUGUGGCUGAAGCCGCUAAACCCACCGAGAAUGGCGCAGCCAGCGAACAGGAAAAGCAACAACAGGAGGAAAAGAAACAGGUGAAUGGUGAUGAUAAGUCUGCAGCGCCAACAACAGCAAGCGAGGAGCAGACGGCGGCCAAGUCAGAGACCACAAACACCACCGAGCCGCCGAAAGUUGACGAGCCAGUCGAGCAGCCAAGUCCGGUUCCCGAGCCUGUUAGCAUCCAGAAUGAAACCACCGAAGUUGUUACCAACGGUCAUGGCGUUGCAGACGAACCACCAUUGACCAACGGAGACAAGAACGGCUUGGCCGAAACUCCAACCGAGCCAGAGGCAGCAGCAGCAUCACCAACCACCAACAAUGUGGAUGAUGAGCCGCACCAUCAGAACGGCACGAAUGGAGUGGCUGAGAACAACGAUACAGCCACGCCACCGCCAACACCCGUUGCUGUCGAAUCUGAGGCCGAGCAAAUUAAGAACAAGUCGCAAAUUGAGGUAAAACAACAACUAGACAACACAAACAACACUGUAUAUACGAGUACCACAACAACAACAACAACAAUCACCACCACCACUGAGAACAACACUGAAAAAACCACAGAGACCGAAACAAUUGCAGCCGCAGAGUUAGUUCAGACCCAACCAACCAACUCCCAAAAUAACACAUUACCUAACACCACCAACACAACCACCGACAAUUCCGCUUAUCUUCCCACCUUCCAAGCGCAGGACGAAGUGCAAGCGGAUGCCGCCGAAGAAGAACAAGUGGUUGCCGCUAUUAUAGCAGCUGUUAGUGAGAGCUCUGAUUCCGAGGGUUUUGUCUUGAUUGCACCAGAACCAACAACAGCAGCAGCAGCUGAGUCCCCAUUUGAACCACCAGCAGCAGCUGAGUCCCCACUUGAACCACCAGCAGCAGCUGAGUCCCCGCUUUCAAUUUCCCCUGUGCCCAAUGUAGAACUUCUAUCCGAGACACCAGAGUCUAAACCCGAUGUCUUAGUUUCUGUCGCUGAAGAUAGUGUGGAACCUGAUGUGGUGGCAGUUGAGUUCAGUCAGCCGCCACCACUGCCCAAAUCCCCGCCGCCUUCUCGUGUUUCGGCAUUUGCAUUGACAACAGACGGUGAAACGCAUGACAACGAGGACGAUGACGAGUUCGUUAAAGAGGAGACAAAACAGGACGAGGUUGUACUACCACCACCUCCACCAGCAGCAGUGGACCACGAUCCACUAUUGGCGGACAUAGAGAAUCAGGCGCAAGCUAUUGUUAAUGAAAUAACCGAACAGGCUGCAGAUAUUGCAACGGAACAGGAUAAACACAGCUCAUCCAUGGUAGAUGACGAAGAGAAAGAUGUGGUCGAGAAUAUCAGCGAGCAGCUGAGAAGUUCAUCUGCAAAGAUUAUCACCGAUGUAGACGAGGAUGAUAAUGAGGACAUUGUGGAAGAGCAGUCUAAAGAUACAGCUAUGAGCAGCCAGGAGUUGGAGCCCGUGCAGCCAGCCCUAAUCAGCAAGGAGCAACCGAAUGAUCUCGAUGUUGAGGUGGAGAUCAUCAGCCAGGAAGAACAGGCCGAGGUGAAUAAUAGCGAGGACAACAUUCAUGUGUCAGAGAAACUCAGCUUGCGGGGGAAUGAUGAUGGGAAGGAAACCAUUGUACAGCAGCUAGAGGAGAUGCAAGGGAAUAACGAUACUGAUACCGAUAAUGAUAUCGAGAACGAAACUGAUAAUGUUAUUAGUAGCAAGCAAAGUAUAACGAAUCUGCUUGGACCUACGGACAUUGAAGUAGACGCUGCUCAUCAUGAGGAUAUCGCUAAGGAUCUGAAGGAGAAGAACGCCGCGGCAGAUGUUACAACACAGGACCUGGCCGUGACAUGCGAAUAAUACUAAUAAUUAUUAUAUAUAUUACAUAUUAUUAAAAAACAAAAAGAAAAAAUAAGAAAAAAAACACGAUAAAAACAAAUAAGAAAACAACGCAACGUAAAACCAACAAUUAAAUGAUACAACACGAGAGCAAAAAAAAAGCAAAAA